UCAGCGUGGGCGAAUGAAAUGCUUUGGCUGUCUUCUGCCUUUGAUGACAGGCGAGAGAUUAUUGGCGAGAUACACUGACUUAUAUUAGCGAUCAGUAUAUACAAGACCCGUUGAGCUAUGGCGUUCAACUGUGGCGAAUCCUCGCUCGUGUUCCUUCUAACGUUGUUCGUCGCCGUUUUACCGUUUGUAACAUCGCAACACAGAUGUAUGUCGCUCACAAUAGAUUCGUGCAAAGGUCUGAAAUACAAUCGAACAUUGUUCCCGAACUUUGAGAAUCACCGAACACAGGGGAUAGCCGCGACCAUGGUGAACCAUUUCAAUCCUCUGUUCAAGGUAAAAUGUUCACCGGACCUGAAAUAUUUUGUAUGCAGUUACUAUGCGCCAGUGUGCAAUACGUUAGGAACACUCAUACCGCCUUGUCGUUCGCUUUGCGAAAGUGCCAAAAGGAGUUGUUCUACAAUCAUGAAAAACUUCGGCUAUGCUUGGCCGUCGCAGCUUGCUUGCGAGAAAUUCCCAGCCAGCCCCGAACAAAAAUUGUGUGUAGGUCGCAAUACGUCGAAUACGACCCCAAAACGAGCGAAGACGAUACCAACGCGACAUACAAGGACUCAAAUCAUAAAAGCAGGCGGCACGACAAGAAUUGUGAAUUACGCCGCCACAUUACCUCCGACCACAGCUCGCUUGAUGACCGAAUUUUUAUGCCCGAUCGAGCAGAAAGCGCCGAACGAUCUUCACAGAUUCUUAGGGAAGAGCAACUGUGGUGCUCCUUGUGAAAAUAUUUACUUCACCGCCGAUGAACGAAAAAUCUCAAGAAUUUGGACUGGAUUUUGGAGCACUGUGUGCGCUGCGUCAACCGUGUUUACUCUGCUCACUUUCUUCAUAGAUAUGGCGCGAUUUCGCUAUCCCGAACGACCUAUAAUCUUUCUCUCCGGUUGUUAUUUUAUGGUGUCCAUUGCAUUUUUUGCCGGAUUCGUGGCGAAGGACAAAAUUGCAUGCAACGAUCCGGUGUCCGAGGCUAGCAACAAAACUCUCACACAAGGCACAAAGAACGAGGGAUGCACUGUGAUAUUUAUGAUGAUCUAUUUCUUUUACAUGGCAGCCAGCAUAUGGUGGGUUGUAUUAACGCUAACGUGGUUCUUAGCAGCGGGUAUGAAAUGGGGUCAUGAAGCUAUCGAAAAUAACUCGCAAUUCUUCCAUCUCGUCGCCUGGGUUAUACCAGCCGUAAAAACAAUCGCGAUAUUAGUUCUGACCGAGGUCGACGGUGACGAGCUGACGGGAGUAUGUUUCGUCGGUCUGUCCAGCGAGAGCGCCCCACGUGGUUUCGUGUUGGGGCCUCUGAUUGUUUACUUUUGUAUCGGCACGUUUUUCCUACUCUCCGGAUUCAUCUCGCUGUUUCGCGUGCGCUCCGUGCUUAAGAACGACGGCGACAAAAGGGAGAAAAUCGAAAAGCUCAUGAUACGUAUUGGCGUGUUUUCGAUAUUGUACAUGGUGCCUGCUAUCACGGUGAUCGGCUGCUUGUCGUAUGAACAAGGCAACAGAGAAAAAUGGCGACAAUCGUGGCGUGAUGCGUUCUUGCGGGAACGCAGCAAAUGUAUCGUUGUGUCUGGGAAAUCGUGUCCGAAAAUAGUCGGCCAGCAGAGACCCGACUUUGCUGUGUUUCUAGUGAAAUAUCUUAUGUUUCUUAUAGUCGGCGUAACAUCGGGUUUCUGGGUUUGGUCUACAAAAACGCUCGGCUCGUGGCGGCGCCUUUAUACUCGUCUUAAGCCGGCCAAAAACGAGCUGAGUUCAUAGUUUUUCGGAAAAAUACAGACGGGCGAAUAUAGGAAAGACUACGGAUUUAUAUUGGCAGGACGGUGAACGAAUUUGCGUGGUAAUUUACAGAAACAGAGGGUGAAUCAACUUGGACGCGUUAAAAAUGACUGCGACAACGUGAAAGCUUGAGUUCCCUCCGCGCAAGAGGCAAAAUUCGAUGCAAAACUCGUCUAUCACCGUGUAUAUUGUUGACGAAGUGCGUUUAGAUGCGUCUUGCAGUGUUACCCUACGGGAUGGCGUUUAAACUGGCUCCUCAAGGCAUGGGGCUUUGAACAAUGGCAUAUUCGACGAGCAUAUUGUCUUCUUGUGUAAAUACAAGGAUCGGUUUGCUUGAUUAAAGCGUGAACGAACGUCGACCUAAUUGGUUGCGACGGAUAUUGCGAGCAUUGAAAUGAAAAUCGAAAAAGCGCUGAAUGAAUAGAUUUUUUAUGAACAAAAGGCAUACCGGAACAAGCAUUACGCCUUUCCUACAACGCAUUAAGAGAGCUUAAAAUUUGAUGCGAAUUCUUGAGAUUUUAAUCUAUUAAAACCGCCAGGGUUUUAUACCAGCGUUUUAGCACUAGGAUUUUACAGAGACGAAUUCACACAAACCCGCGUAGACAAGUUAUAAUAGUGUACAAGUUCGUGGUAGAUUGUUUAUAAUAUAUAUCAUUUAUCAAAGUAUGUUGAUCGUUACAUCUAGUACUUAUUUUGUUUGAGAUCCCGAUGCCCUGUGGCGAUGGUUAGAGUGUCACGAACAGCAGUUAUGCGCGCGCGCAGCAGGAUUGAAACUUGCACCUUUUUAAUUGCGAUAACCCGUUCUAUCGCAAAUAAUCUACCAUAAUCUUCGCUUUAGAUUUCCCCCUUCAUAUAUUAAUGCGGAGCGUUUACUGUGGCGUGAAAGCGUGCGCAAUAGAAGCGCUUAUAUGCAUGAAAUGGAAUAUCGUAUUACAUAUUCACGUUUAUAUCUUAAUCAGAAAGCUGUCGAACUAAUUUGUCGCCGACCGCUGAUGGAACCACAUAUAAGAGAAAAGACAAAAUAUUUUCGCUAUCACUCAAGUGCUGAUACGCGCGAUUCACGAUAAAAAGUGGUAUUUGAGGCGAGACAAAAUUCCACUCCAGGAGAAAUGCUUUCGAUCUAUCGACAGAGCCCAAUCUUGCCCAUGGCACGAUUGAUUGACGAUCACUAGCCAUAUUGCGUCUGUGUUUCCUUGAGUUUGUUUGUUUACACGCGACGUGCAGAGUCAUGAAUAACACAUGCGCAUUAAGAAAACAAAGUUUUCAAUUGAAAAUGACCGAUAUUCGGACGUUCUUUCACGGCGACAGAUUUUUUGAGAUGUUUUUCGCCACGUCUAGUGUACCAAUCUUAAAAUGACAUUCCGGUGUCACAAAGGUUGGAAUGCGUAAUAC